AUGGGCCUCCCCUCCGAUGCCGACUCCUACUCCCUCAGCCAGCCCAGCACCAGUGCCCACUCUCUCGCGUUCACCGGCAGCUCCUGCACUAUCUCCUCUUUCACAACACAGAAUGGUGAUCAGGAUAGGGGCCGCACUCAUGCCAGAACCAUGCGUACCAAGGACAUCCAGAAGUCUCCCCUUCCUCACCGCUUCAACCUCGUCCCCAAAGGUCAAGCUCGUCGUUCACGUCAUCCCCCCUCUCCUUCAAACACCCCUAGGUCGCUUGCACGCACGAAAUUCUCAGCCUACGACUCCCCUCUCACGGAUACCGACAGCCUAUAUGCACCCAAGAGUCCCACUCCCAGCCUUCUCUCGUCUCCCAGUAGCCCUGAGCCUGGAAAUCGUCGCUCUGUUCUCUGUUCUCGACCCACCAACACCUGCCACGGGGGGAGGACCCAGGACCCAGAAUCCUUCUCUCCGUCCUUGACGCUUGUACACGAUCCGUCCAACAAGUCUGCGUCCUUCUCUCCAGUGUCGAAGCCAACACACAAGCUUCGUGGCCUCGCCCUUCUAGAAUCAGAUCAUUUUUCCAAAAUGGAGGACUGUAUGAUUUCCGCUAUCGUGCACGGCGAAGAUGACGCCUGCGAGAUGGGCGAGCCUUCUGAGCUCCCCGAGCAGGAGUUGGCUGAGGAAGCCGCCCUUCUCAGACAACACACCACCGCCAUCCCGGCCCCGUCUCAGUUUAUGCAUUCACUCCCUUCUAGAUCUGCCUCUCCGUUCUUUAACGCUUCCCAGAGUUCCAGCGAAAGCGUCCAGACUCUCAGCCGUCGUGCCACCCUCGAUGGUAGCUCCGCCUCGUUCCCCCAUACUCCACGCAAAUUCGCGCUCCGCCGCCAGGCCGUCUAUGCCGACGCCAACCUCAGCAUCGGGCCCUUCCCAGACUCAGACUCGGACUCCUCAUUCAAGCAGCAUUCUUCAGCAAGCAAGAUGUCGCGGGGCCACGCUCACACCGUCUCCGACUUCGCUCUACCUCCGUCUUCAGCCUGGUCUGCCUCCACAUCUGUCAACUCUAUCCGGUCCGACCUGGAAGAACCUGUGGCACCCCAGAUUCGUUCGACGACACUCAACGACGCCGUGAGCUCGCGUACUCACGUCUUUCACUACUCUGUGCCGGCCAUCGAUCUCCAAAGCCUGCCGCUGGCCCCUGAGCGACUUAUCGACGGCUUCUCCGGCAACCUAGACCUCCCUCUGUCGACCCUCGCCUGCGACGACGACUUUAUGCCCCGCGAGCUCGCGCUGGGCGUCCUGACGAGCACUCCGCCCCCCGAGCCUCGCACCCGGUCGCGCUCUCGCCGCCGGUCGCGUUCUCGCGCCGCGCGUUCGUCAAAGCCCGCCCAGAUCCUGCUCUCCACCGUUGACUCUACGGACAAUCUACUCCGACUCUAUCAGCGUGACUGGGCGCCGUGGGCGCCGUUGAGUGUCACCAAGAAGGCCGCGUUCAGACCCUCUCGCACCGCGCCGCGUGGCGGCCGCUCGCCUGUGGUCGAGCAUUUAAUGGAACAGCUGGACAAGGCGAUUGCGGAAUGGGGCUGGUUAUCUCCCGCGGAGUGUGUGCGUUUAUCUUAG